GCUCUUUCGCGAAGGGACGGUCCCGGCUAGGUGCCUGUUGGUAGGAACCCACUUGGCGACGGGUCUGUGGGGUUCUUGAGGUGUUGGUGUCCAGAGCAGAGUCGGGAGAGUCAGUAGGUAGAGGAGACACCAUGGACGAUCAGGGCUGCCCUCGGUGUAAGACCACCAAAUACCGGAACCCCUCUCUGAAGCUGAUGGUGAACGUGUGCGGACACACUCUGUGUGAAAGCUGUGUGGAUUUACUGUUUGUGAGAGGAGCUGGAAACUGUCCUGAGUGUGGCACUCCACUUCGGAAGAGCAACUUCAGGGUACAGCUCUUUGAAGAUCCCACUGUUGACAAGGAAGUUGAGAUCAGAAAAAAAGUGCUAAAGAUAUACAAUAAAAGAGAAGAAGAUUUUCCUAGUCUAAGAGAAUAUAAUGAUUUCCUAGAAGAAGUGGAGGAAAUUGUUUUCAACUUGACCAACAAUGUGGAUUUGGAAAACACCAAAAAGAAAAUGGAACUAUACCAGAAGGAAAACAAAGAUAUCAUUCAGAAAAAUAAGUUAAAGCUGACUCGUGAACAGGAAGAAUUGGAGGAAGCUUUAGAGGUAGAACGGCAGGAAAAUGAACAAAGAAGACUAUUUAUACAAAAAGAAGAACAACUGCAGCAGAUUCUAAAAAGGAAAAAUAAGCAGGCUUUUUUAGAUGAACUGGAGAGUUCUGAUCUCCCUGUUGCUCUGCUUUUGGCUCAGCAUAAAGAUAGAUCCACCCAAUUGGAAAUGCAACUUGAGAAACCUAAACCUAUAAAACCAGUGACGUUUUCUACAGGCAUCAAAAUGGGUCAACAUAUUUCAUUGGCACCUGUUCAUAAGCUUGAAGAAGCUCUCUAUGAAUACCAACCACUGCAAAUAGAGACAUGUGGACCAAAUGUUCCUGAGCUUGAGAUGCUGGGAAGACUUGGGUAUUUAAGCCACGUCAGAGCUGCUUCUCCACAGGACCUUGCUGGAGGCUAUACUUCUUCUCUUGCUUGUCACAGAGCGCUACAGGAUGCAUUCAGUGGGCUUUUCUGGCACCCCAGUUAACCUUUAUUUCUCCAUUUGUAAGAUUUGGACCAUGGAGUCGAACCAGGGGGCUAGAAAAAGCUGACUUUGUAAAAUUAUAGCCAUAUGCAGCUGCAUAACAGGACUAUCACUAGCAGCUGUGUUAAAGUAUUUACAAAGAGAAAAUUUCAGAACUAAGCUGAGAAAUAUAGGAAAUACUUAUCUGUGAAAAGAUUUAUUUUUUACUUAUUUUUUUUUCUGACAGGAUUGAGGCAUUGCUUCUCAUCUGAUGAGAGGAAUAAAUAAUUCACCUAUGUAUGUUUAAGGUUGACAGACUUGUAAAAUCUUUUUAAAAAUAAAGCUAGACUUUAUAGUA